CACCUCGGUCUAGGAAUGUUCUGCUGCCUACGCACCUGCCUGAAUGGCGGACACAUGAGGAAACCCACGGCAGCUGCAAGUCGCCUCCGGGAGCCCGAUGUUCACCUGGAUGCAGCGCAUAUGGGACCUGAUGUAAUCCUGCUGUCGCAUCAGCUGCGGGUCACGGGCACCGGUGGCGUUUUGGCCACAGCUCCUUUGGUCCAGUCGAAAUCCUACUUCGAGGUGAAGAUCCAGCAGGGAGGCAGUUGGUCCGUGGGCCUGGCUACCCGGCAAACGGAUCUCAGUCGCAAGAGCGGUGGUGGGGAUCGCGAGUCCUGGUGCCUGUGCUCCGACAAUGCCACGCGGCACAACGACCAAGAGGAAUUCCGGCCGGUGGUGCAGGCAGCCUGCACCACCCAACCAUCGAGGACGGCCAAUGGGAUCCUGAACAACAGUGCUGCCAAGGCGGCUGGACUCAUUGCCAUUGAGGAUUUGCAGCAGGAGGAUCUACUGAUGACCACUGGCGUGGCUCCAUCCGAUGUGGGCAUCGGUGAUUCAUUGGUAUCAUCACCGCAGCGCGAUUUUCCCGACGAGGGCGACAUUGUGGGCGUGGCCUUCGAUCAUGUGGAGCUGAAUUUCUAUUUCAACGGAAAGAAUCUGGAGGUUCCCUUCCGGAAUGUGCGAGGAGCAGCUUUAUUUCCCAUUAUCUAUGUGGGCAAUGGCGCCAUUCUGGACAUUAUCGUGGAUAAUUUUUCGCAUGGCCCACCACCUGGAUUCGAGCGCAUUCUACUGGAGCAGUCGUUACUUUAGAUAGUCCCUUCAGAAGCCUUGAACAAAAAACAGCUUGAGAACAAAAAAGAACAUUGAAGAGAUGACAAGUAGACAGUGCGUUUUAGGACUAUAGGUCAGCAUUUUAUUUUAGGAAUUUAAAGCCUUUAGAGUAAGUUUAGCAAAGAGGUCUUUG